UUAAACAAAAUGAAAAUAUUUUUAUCGCUUUUUAUGAUUAAUAGCUAACGAUUAAAUUAUGGAUGAAGUGAUAUCAUUUGUUGGUGGUACACGACGAAAUCGGCCAAAUCGUGGCGGUAGCAGUGGAGGAGUAUUAACAGCAUUAGGCACUAGUUAUGGUGGAAGAUGUGUUUUUGUUAUUUGUACUGAAUUAGGUUCAAUCUAUGUUAUAUCUGAACGUGGUACAUUAAUACGUAAAGCUAAUGUUAAUGGUCAUUCAGAUAUUCCUAUUGCACAAGCAGAAUCAUUACGAACAUUAACUGGAUUUGUUCGUACAAAUCCAACAUUAAUAACUAUUCGUUUAAAUGGUCAAACCGAAAUUGAUCUAAUGUAUUGUCAUCGUAGUAUACAAAAAGUUUCAGGUAAUUUAUGUCGAAAGAUAUUGUUAUUAGGAAAUACUAGUAUACUUUUCGGUGGUAAUAUUCAAUCGGAAUUGUUGAACACAUCGAUCGAUACAACUAUGAAUGAAAUUGAUCGUUGUCCACCAUUUUUUGAUUCACAAUGUUUUGAUCUUAAUCAUCAAGAUGAAAUUGAACUAUCAAAUGGUGGUUAUUGUGCAAUACGUGUUAGUAGCAAUCGACAUUACAUUUAUAUGGAACCUAAAGUAUUUCGUAAUUGUGUUGCAUAUGAAACCAAACGAUUAGAAUCAUAUAAAAAAUUAGGAUCGAUUCUAGAAGAAUUUUGUUGAAUAUAAAUAAAAAAAAUAAUAAAUUU